GACAUUUCUGUCGUGUGUGGUGGUCGACAGGUGUUAAUUUUACUCAAAUAAAUAAGAAAAUUAACCCGAAACACGCGAUAAUCACUAACAAUGAAGAUCUUGUGUAAUAAAUCUAACCCACCUUUAGGUGGUUUCUUGGCUAUAGAGCUAUACAGGUCCAUGUCGAAGAGUAUUGAAGUGUCCUGGGGAACUGAAGCGUCUGUAACAUUGCCCAAUGCUUUGAAAUCUGUGCCAUAUGGAACUAGUAAUGAUUUAAUAAGGAUUAUUGAGAAUGCUUUCAAUAAGUCCGCUGGGCCGCUGCAGAGGGUUACGAUGAACCAUUGGCUGUCUUUCAGUCUCAUCCUGGAUGAAGAAAUCCCAAAAUCUAUUGAGUACCUGGACAAGGCGUUGGGUCCAUUGACAUAUUUAGUUGGCGAAAGUUUGUCUGUCUCUGAUCUUGCUGUUUUUAGCGUUUUGUAUGUAUCCUCGAAAUUCAAGGAGCUAUCGAAGUCCAACCCUCCAAAAAACAUCCUGAGGUGGAUGAAACUCAUCCAAGCUCAACCACCAGUAGCAAAAGCACUCAAGGAACUGCCCGCUGAUGCCUUGGAUAACUUGUAUAAGGCUUUUGCAUCCAG